AUCCCCAUAUUCUCCCCCCAUCCCUCUCAACAUAUACCACACACCUCACCAUCUUUUGGUCGUCACUUUCAUACUCCAUUCUCUCUCUAAAACAACCAUCCAACCAGAACCAACUAGGUAGCUAGAGAGGGAGGGAGGAGAGGAAAAAAGAAACAAACAAAAGAAAGGGAGGAAGAGAAAAAAAAAACUAGAGAUUCAUUCAACUAACAAGCCCGCAGCAGCUAAGCUAAAUAUAGGAGCUAGGAAAAGAGGGGAGAGAGGAGGUCGCCGACGCAGCAAGAAGAGAGAGAGAGAGGAAGGCGAGAGGCCGGAGAAGGCGGAGGCGCGCGCGGCGUUGCGGCCGGCAGCGGCACGAAGUGCGCAGAAAAGCUUCGUCGUCCCACGGAAAGGUGCUCCAGGAUCAGAAGCCGGAUCGAUCGAUCGAUGGCGGCCUCGUCGUCGGCGUCGUCGUUGCCGCUGUCGUCCGGCUCGGUGAUCACCGUCUCCUCGUCGCCGGCGGUGGGCGCGAGCUCCGGCGGCGGCGGCGGGACGGGGUCGCCGUGCGCGGCGUGCAAGUUCCUGCGGCGCAAGUGCCAGCCGGACUGCGUGUUCGCGCCCUACUUCCCGCCGGACAACCCGCAGAAGUUCGUGCACGUGCACCGGGUGUUCGGCGCGAGCAACGUGACCAAGCUGCUGAACGAGCUCCACCCUUACCAGCGGGAGGACGCGGUGAACUCGCUGGCGUACGAGGCCGACAUGCGCCUCCGCGACCCCGUCUACGGCUGCGUCGGCGUCAUCUCCGUCCUCCAGCACCAGCUCCGCCAGCUCCAGCAAGACCUCUCCCGCGCCCGCUUCGAGCUCUCCAAGUACCAGGCGGCGGUGGCGGUGUCGUCGUCGAACGGGCAGGCGGCGGCGGCGGCGGCGAUGGUGGAUCACUUCAUCGGGAGCGCGGUGCAGCCGAACUGCACGCAGAACUUCAUCAGCGGCGGCGGCGUGGCGGCGGCGGCGAUCGGCAUCGGCGGGGGGGCGGGCGGUGGGUUCGUGAACGACCACCACCAGUUCUCUGCCGUGCAGAUGCUGGCCAGGAGCUACGACGGCGAGAGCGCGGUGGCGAGGCUCGGCGGCGCCGUGAACGUGAGCGGCGGCGGCGGCUACGAGUUCGGGUACUCGUCCGCCAUGGGCGGCGCCGGCGGGCCGAUGUCCGGGCUCGGGCCGCUCGGCGGCGGGACGUUCCUCAAGCCCGGCACCGCCGGCGGCGGCGACCGGCCCACCGCCGCGCAGUAGCCGCGGCGGCCUGUUCAGCUUCGAUCUUUGCAUUGGGCAGGUAAAUGAAUUGAGGAGAAUAACCAAGAGCUGAAGACUAAACUGGUGAAUUACUAUUAAUAUCCUAAAGACCCUUAGCUAGGAGGGCUUGUUUACCACCACUUUACAUGCAGAAGAAAAUGUGUUGUUACAUUAGCAAAUACUGCUUGUUUCAUUUGUUCAUGUUUAUCUCUUUUUUUCUCCGUUCACAGAGACGAACCACCAUAUAUAUAUAUGUACUAUCUUUAAUUAAUUAGUGUGGCUUGCUGCAUUUGAUUGUAAUUUAGACUGUUUUCAAGCUAGUCCCUGACUUAAUUUUUCAACAUAUAUAUAUACACCCUGCAUGCAUUCAUACA